GUAGUGCUGCUGGCCGGCGCGUGGUGGGCCCGUGGUUGGAGCGGCGCGUCUCAGACUUCAGUGACAUCAAAAAUGGCAUCCCAGAAGGAAAUACUGAGCGAUGGGCGGUUCAGCCGCGUUGCCCGGGAUCCCAGGUUUUGGGAGAUGCCAGAAAAAGACCGUAAAGUCAAGAUUGACAAACGCUUUCGAGCAAUGUUUCAUGACAAGAGGUUCAAGCUGAAGUGCACAGUGGAUAAAAGAGGUCGACCUGUUAACUAUACCUCUGUAGAGAACCUCAAGAAGUUCUAUGCCUUGUCGGAAUCUGACUCUGAACUUUCAGAAGAUGAGAGCGAAGUACGUGCAGAAAAGAAAAAAAAGAAGAAAAAAGCUAAGCCUAAGGAAGGAGAUUCUGUAAAACCAAUUCCUCAGGAAGAGAGUAAAAUGAAAAAACAAGGGGUGGACCAAGCAUGUAAAGAUGACCCUCAGAACGAAGGACAGAAAGUUGCAUCUAGAUUCAAAUUGAAAGAGGUCUCCAAGAAAACCAGAACAGAAAUGGAUGACUCCCAGGGAAACAAGGACCUUUUAUGCGAUACAGAAAAUGAGGAAGGAGGUGAACCAAAAGGAAGGUUGGUUUCAGUUCAAAAUAAGCAGAAGACUUCAAAGCCAAGAGGUGCUAAUACAGUUAAAGCUGCAAAGAGGGUCUGUUCUGUACAAGGAAAAACACAGGAAUCAGUGACUGCUUGCAGAGACAGCGGUGCUGAAAGUGACAUCGGUGAAAGCCAAUUAGAGGAAGAAAUUUCUGCAAGGGAAAGUUCUGAGUGUAUGCAAUCAGAAGAAGAGUUGGAAGACAAUGGGGAAACAGAUGAGGACGAGGAGUCAGAAGACAGUGAGGAAACAGAUGAAGGUGGUGAUUCGGAAGAUGGAGAAAGUGAUAUAGAGCCUGAUCUGGCUAGAGGUAUAGGGAACAUUGAAACAAGCUCGGAGGAUGAUGAUGACUUAGAUGAUCUAUUUCCAAAGGAGCCAGAGAUUGAGCAUUCAUGGGGUGAACUAGAUAAAGAUGCCCCUCGUGGAGAUGAGAUUACAAGCAGACUGGCAGUUUGCAAUAUGGACUGGGAUAGACUUAAAGCUAAGGACUUGCUGGCUUUAUUUAAUUCUUUCAUACCCAAAGGAGGAACUAUAUUUUCUAUUAAGAUUUAUCCUUCAGAGUUUGGAAAAGAAAGAUUGAAAGAGGAAGAACAACAAGGGCCUAAGGAACUGUUUGAUCUUCCAGAGAACACCACAGAGAAAGACGAGCUUUAUAAGGAAAAGCUGAGGGAAUAUCAGUUUAAGCGACUGAAGUACUUCUAUGCAGUUGUAGAAUGUGACUCUCCUGAAACAGCCAAUAAAAUUUACGAGGAAUGCGAUGGACUGGAAUUUGAAAGUAGCUGCUCUUUUAUUGACCUCAGAUUUAUUCCAGAUAAUGUUACAUUUGAUGAUAAGCCAAAGGACACAGCCUCAGAAGUGAAUGUAUCUGGAUAUAAGCCAAAGUACUUCACAUCUGCUGCAAUGGGAACAUCAAAGGUAGAUAUCACAUGGGAUGAAACAGAUCAUGAACGAGUAAUGUCACUUAGCAGAACUUUUAAUAAAGAGGAACUUCUGGACAUGGAUUUUCAAGCUUAUUUGGCUUCAUCUAGUGAAGAAGAGGAGGAAGAGCAGCAAGGGGAAGGUGUAGCUCAUGAAAUGGAAGAUGACAAACCCAGGAAGAGCCAAAAAGAUGAUGAAGAGCAAAUUGCCAAGUAUAGAGAAAUUUUGCAAAGCAUCCAAGAAAAAGAGAAAAAGCAGGAAGAAAAGGAUAUAGAAAUGGAGAUUAAAUGGGUUCCAGGCCUGAAAGAAACUGCUGAAGAAAUGGUCAAAAAUAGGUUGGAAGGAAAGGAUAACCUCACUCCAUGGCAAAAAUACCUGGAGAAGAAGAAAGAAAAAAGAAAUCUUAAAAAAAAGAGGAAGGCUACUGCUGAGAGAGAAAUGAGCGAAGAUGAGAUUCCCUCUGAUGUUGAUCUCAGUGAUCCAUAUUUUGCUGAGGAACUUGGAAAAACAGGUUUAAAGAAGAAGGCAGAGUUGGUUGAAAGUAACUCAGAAGAUGAAGCUGAAGUUGAAAAACAGAAGGCUGAAAUGGCUCUACUUAUGAUGGAUGAUGAGGACGAUGGCAGAAAGCAUUUUAAUUAUAAACAGAUUGUGGAACAGCAGAACUUGAGCAAGAAGAAAAAGAAACUCUUAAUGAAAAAGAAGGAAUUACUAGAAGAUGACUUCCAGGUAAACGUUGCUGAUACGAGGUUCCAAGCCAUGUUUACAUCCCCCUUAUUUAACGUGGAUCCUUCUGAUCCAAAUUUCAAGAAGACAAAAGCAGUAGAAAGGAUCUUGGAAGAGAAAGCUCGCCGAAGAGAGCAAAAGCAGCAAGAUCUUCACGAGGCAAGCAAGGAAUGGGAGAACAAGGUGGCAAAGAAAGAGACUAAGAAAUCCAUAGAUCCUGCCUUGUCAAUGUUAGUAAAAUCUGUCAAAAACAAAACUGAACAGUUUCAGGCAAGGAAAAGACAGAAAAUCAAAUAACUGAUCUUUGUUUCUGACUCUGACUUUUCUUUCCUAACAUCUGUUGAAGUUGCUAUAUCUGCUUUAAUUCCUAUCCCCCUAAAAUUUUCAGAAAGGUCAUUGAAUUCUAGUGGCAAGUUUUAAAGUGAGGACAACAACAAAAGCCCUUUCCGUCUUGCCCCAAAAUGUUUUCUACUGUUGAAAAAACACAUCACCAAACAACAUGUUUCCAUAGCAUGCAGUGUCUUAAAGGUAACAGAAGUAGUGAGGAUAUCUACAGAAAUUAGCCACAAUUACAGCUGUAUUUAAAAGUAAGAAAAACACUUCUGCAGAGAGUUGAGAGCUGAGACUAAUCGGUCUUAGUGUCAUUAAUUCUGAAGAAGUCUAUAGAUACAGUCACUGAUUAAAAAAAGGUUUUAAUAUAAAUACCAAUUGAAGAAGUUCUAUAUACAUCCCUUUUGUGUAUUUUAAUGACCUCUUUUGUAUAUUUUAUAUGAUUAUAUACAUGCUACAUGACUAAUUUCUCUUCAGAAUUUCCUGGAUCUAGUUAAAAUUAAUUAAUGGGGGAAAAAAACACCAUUUGGAAGA